UUCCGCCUUUCCUUAGUUCAACUUUCUUGCGAUUUUCCUGGCAAUGUCUCUCGACGAUGGCAUGUUUGAAGCUUUAAUUCCUUCUCGCUUCAUCGUAUUCACAAUUCCUAACUCAAUUCCUUCCUCCGCCGCCACCGAUCGAUGCUUCCUCCACACUCAAUUCCUCCGAAUCGCCGUUCUCGACUCACCCCAACAACCCUCUACAGAUACACCCCGAACCGCGGCCAUGUUCGUCCCACUACACCGAGAAAACGACUGGAUUUUCACCACCGAGGCCGGUCAUCUACAGCUCCUUUUCAGUUGCCCAGAAAUUUCCCGAUUGAUACUAGUAGGCAAUGACCCAUCUCAUUUUCAUCCAUUCGCGUAUGAUCGGCCGGAGUCAAUAGAUUCGAAUCAUCGAGAAUCAAUCGAGGUAAGCUUAACCCCUUUGCUAUUUGCUCUUUCUCCAAGGAUAAGUUUCAGAAACGGUUUACCCGAAAUACCUUUUCUAGCUUAUGAAGAUGAGGUGAUUCGUAGUGUGAUUACAGAGAGAUGCAUUGGGUCUCUUGUUGGGGAAAUGAUAGUUGAGGAUGUUGAAUUGGAUUCUAAGCUGUCUAUGAGAGAGUUUAGACGUAGGUUGAGGUUUAAGAGAAUGCCUAAUUUGAUACAAACCCAGAUGCUUAUUGUUCCAUGUGAUGAUGAUUCUGAAAACUUAAAAGAGAUGAAAUUUAAGCCAGAAAUAGGAAUUUUGGUUCAUCCUUACUUAACACCAAUGGUGGCUGCUCUUUCGUUGAUCAGUUUGCAUUUAGGGGAGAAAUUUCAAUUUGGAAAUAGGCCAAAUGCUUUGUGCUUGGGAGUUGGAGGUGGAGCAUUACUUUCUUUCUUGAAUAGCCAAUUGGGUUUUGAUGUUGUAGGUGUAGAAGCAGAUGAGAUUGUAUUAGCCAUUGCGAAAAGACAUUUUGGAUUGCAAGAGGGUGAUAAUGUUUCUUUAGUAAAAGGGGACGCCAUCAAAUUUGUAGAGCAACUCGCCAGCGGAGUUAUGAACAGAAGUUGCAAAUCGGUUUCUGAAUUUGAUGUGAUAAUGGUUGAUUUGGACUCAACUGAAGCGAGUUUUGGCAUGAGUGCUCCUUCAAUGGAGUUUGUUGAACAUUCUGUUCUUGUUGCUACAAGGUUAGUUCUUUCUAAUAUGGGAAUUGUCAUUGUCAAUGUGAUUUCUCCUUGUCGGUUAUUCUAUGAGAAGGUGAUACAUAGAUUUCGAUUGGUUUUCAAUGAGUUGUACGAAAUAGAUGUUGAUAAUGGAGAGAAUCGAAUUCUGAUUGGUUCUGCCUUGCCAAUCGCUGCUGCCAAUUCUGAGGGAUGUAGUGAUUAUUUCCUUGGAAAAUUGAGACUGGUCUUAUCAGGAGCAUAUAUGAAUUCCCUUCAUAAAUUAUGAAGCUACACAAAUCUAAGAAGAAAGUGAGGCAAAGAGAAAUACUUAUUGACACAUGUAGAAAUGUCAUUGCAAUCCUUCCAGGAAGUUAAAUCAUCAUGCCAGAUUCCCUGCAUAAGAUGAAAUUGAGAUAAUUUGAUCACAAAGACCAUAUAAUAGAAGAAUGAAGAAGAAGAAGAUGCUUACGUGGGUGAAGUUUCUUUCGAUAUCUUCUUGAAGUUGAUCAACAUCUUUAUCGUAAUAAUCUGCUGCAGCUGUAAGAAUGAUUUCUCUAUCCCAAACCUUGCAAGUAUUCCAAUUUCAGACUUAGAUCAUGAACUUAAUAGUUAACUAGGCAUAAUAAUAAUAAUUAAGAAAUAUAUGAUCUAUUUAUAUAAUCUUAUUACAUGGUGUAAGUUUGAUUUGUGCCUAAACCAUCUUAAAUUGAUCGCGUUUCCUCCUUCGUCACUUGUGAAUCCGACAUGCAUAGGCUGAUAAACAACAAAAAAACAUGAUUAUGUUA